GAUUUGUUGUUCUAUCUGACGCAACCUCGUAAGAUACAAAUUCAACAGGAAAGAUCGAUACUCCGGUGUAUUUAGUUCAAAAGAAAGCCGGCGUAUCGGAAAGAACGAAAGAAAGCACCGAUGUUGAGGUUGGGAACGAAGCCAUCAUUCAAUACGGGAACGGGAAGAAUGAGACGGACGAUGAUAUUUCUCACUGCCAUACUCGUUAUGGUCUCAGCGACAGCUGGCUCCAAUGGCGGAUACACAACAACGAUCCAACGGCCAAUGUCCAUGAUGUCUCCGUUUGGUCGAAGACGAUAUGGUUAUCGGCGUCGUCGCUAUCGUCGUAACAGUUACGGAGGGCCCUCUCAUCCAUCCUCCUCAGAGACGCGCGAUUACAGCAAACAUUUUCUAGACGACAAAAAUUGGAUGACGAAUAAGAAAAUUCGAGUGUGGGAUCCCCGAUAUGCGACGAAGAAGCGUCCUAAUCAGAGGUCAUGGAGUGGACGCCUCGCCAUCGCAAACAUUGCCUGUUAUGCGAUACAAACCUUCAAUCCAAACUUUACAAAAUGGGGUGUCAAGCUGAGUGAACGAAUACUGGCCGGGGAAGACCUCUACAGAUUGAUCACCCCUGUAUUUCUUCAUGGUGGACUUUACCAGUACGUCAUUGAUAUCGCAGACUUACAUGCAUUGCCCCCUUUAUUUGCCAACUAACAGCUAUCACUGAGCUGUUUCUUACAUCUAUCUAUUGUGACUGCAAACACUCGUUUCCAAAUUCGUCCAGCUUGAUGUCAAACAUGUUUUCACUUAACAAUGUAGGUCCAAUGACGGAACAAGCAUAUGGGUCAGGAAGAUUUUUGGCAAGUUAUCUUGUGGCUGGUGCAUCAGGCAAUCUCUUGUCAGCAAUAAAAAGGUACGAAUCUGUCCGUUUUCGUGCGUGUGGACGCUAUUUUUGCUCCCAUGUUGUUUCACCAAAUCCCAUGCCAUGCUUAUUGUAAUGUAUUUAUGUAUACCUUGCUUCCUAAACUUCCACGCAAAGUCCAAAUCCCGCGCUCGGAGCAUCGGGUGCCGUAUUUGGAGUAAUGGCCAGUUUAUUGGUCUUUUUGGGCAGGAACGACUGGGUGAUGGGAUCACAAGGCGAAGCCUAUCGAAGUGCCGUCACUCAGACCCUGCUGAUCAAUUUGGUAAUGGGUGCAGUCAACCCUAUGGUGUAAGUAAUAUCUCAUACUUUACUAUGGGAACACCUUUUCAUGUGUUUCUCAGAUUUGUGGUUCGUUUAUAUGCACGCGUCUGGGGUUGUUGUUCAUGCAUGUGCACGCGUCCGAGGUCCGCAAUGCUGCAGCUCACAGCUUCCGAUUCUCUGAUUCAAACAAAUGCGUAAUUUGGUUUGUGUAAUUAAUAUUGCUAUAUCUGGAUAAAACUAGUGACAAUUGGGGACACAUUGGUGGUGCCAUCGGAGGGGCGACCAUGGCGUGGUAUUUUGGCCCUCGAUUGUACAUUGCGGAGGUACCACUUCCUGAGGGUGUUGGGCGCGUUAUCGUAGACAAGCCACUUGUACGAUUACCUUAUUUCAUAGAGUCUAUACCUACCAAAGUCAGUAAGGGAGUGAGAAGACUGACUAGAAGAAUAAAAAUAUGGGGGCACAUCGCCGAUCUUCCUGACAAACCCUGGAGGAAGAACAGACAGCACCAACACCACAAGAUUGAUUAUAAAAGGAGACAGCAGAUCGCCCCGAAUAGAUCAAUUAAGCCAAUGCUGCCAUCCGACGAAUGACAGAGUAGAAGACGUCCGUUCAUUUCUUGUAGACUAUUUACUUUCUUUACAUUGACUCAAGCUACACGCAGCGAACGAUCUACUUUGAAACUGCUUUUUGCAAAUGUGGAACUCCCUCAUCGCAUUGCUGGGUGAUUUUGGAUUACACCGACACAGAACAGUACUCGACUCAAAAUACCACUAAAAAGACAAUAAUAAC